AUGGAGGCCAUGAAGGCUGAUAAAGUGAUGAAAGACAAUCAGCUCAUUGAGGUGAAAAGAGCUGAAGAGCGUAGAAUUGAAAGAGAAAGACUACUAGCUCAAGAGGCAACGGAACGAAGAAAGAGCGUAGUUGAGGAUGUUGUUGGUUCGUCAUGUCUACCUGAAGCUGGAGGAUCGUCAACUCAGCAAGACAUUGAAAUGGUAGAAGUUGUAGAUGUUCAGGAUCAAGACAUUGAAGAUGUUAUUGAUGAACAAGGUCAAGACUUUAUGCUGGUUGGUGAGUCUUCUGAACCCUUUGAUGUUAAUAAAGUUCUUCGGAGAAAUGGAAGACACAACAAUUUGUUCUUGUCGGUAACCACAGUGCCUUAUAGCGGAAAAGAAGUUGCUCAUCAAAUCAAGAUCAAAGAAAAGCGAAGAAAAGGUAAGAUAGCACGUGGAGAAAUGGUUGAUGACGAUUCUGAUAUAGAAUUGUUUGGAAAAGAAGAAGAAGAUGAAGAUGAUAAUGAUGACGAUAAGAAAGAUGACAAGGAUGAUAAAGAUGACAAGGGUGAUGAUGACGAUGAUCAGGGCGCUUCUGGGUUAUUGAUUGGGAAUUUUAAUGUUCAAGAAAGAAUUGAAGACUUGCUUAAUGAUGAAAUCAAUGAACAGGAGGUUGAUUGA